UGAUCGCCUGUAAACUCCCCGAUCUGACAUCAUGGUGCAUUUUACAGCUGAGGAGAAGGCUGCCAUCACUAGCCUGUGGGGCAAGGUGAAUGUGGAAGAUGCUGGAGGCGAGGCCCUCGGCAGGCUCCUGGUUGUCUACCCCUGGACCCAGAGGUUCUUUGACAGCUUCGGCAACCUGUCCUCUACUUCUGCCAUAAUGGGUAACCCCAAGGUCAAGUCCCAUGGCAAGAAGGUGCUGACCUCCUUUGGAGAUGCUAUUAAGAACUUGGACAACCUCAAGGGCACCUUUGCUAAGCUGAGUGAGCUGCACUGUGACAAGCUGCAUGUGGAUCCGGAGAACUUCAAGCUUCUGGGCAAUGUGCUGGUGAUCAUUCUGGCUUCUCAUUUUGGCAAGGAAUUCACCCCUGAUGUGCAGGCCGUGUGGCAGAAGCUGGUGGCUGGUGUUGCCACUGCUCUGGGCCACAAGUACCACUGAGCCUUCCUUCUAGUUCAACAAUGCUCUUUUGUGUCCCCAGGAACCUCCUUCUGCAUAUGGGGACUUAUAUUUUGGCCUUGAGAGCACAGCUUCUGUUUAAUAAAGUUCAUUCUA